AUGAACCUGGUCAGCUCCUCUUCGUCGCUCACCACCAGCUCCUUAAGCUCGCGCGACAUGUCCUCCCGAUCAGGAGGAAGCGGCGGGGAUCCGGACGAGAAGUUUCUGGCGAACCUGCGGGAGCGGCUGCAGGAGGACGAGGAGGAGCUCGACGAGGAGCAGGAGGAGGAGGUCCUCGACACCCUGCUCGAAAUCAUCGGCGAGAAGCGCGAGGGCUCGGCCUCGGCCAAGGCCGCCAUCGAAUGGUGUGUCAUCAACUCCCCCCACCCCCGGCUGAUCAGGGAGCGGGGCCUGGUGGGUAGUCUGGUGCUGCUGGGCGAAGGGAUGAAGGGUGGCAAGCGGGGCGGGCUCGGGCAGCGGCUGGCGGUGGAGCUGGACAAGGGCCAGCGGCCGCGGGGCGAGGUGCUGCGCGCCAUCGUCGGCGUGGCCAACCUGCUGCCCCACCUGCGCUCCUCCUUCGUCGGCACCUUCGUGCACGGCCUGGUCAACCGCCUGCUGCUCCACCUGAACCCGGCCAACGCCGAGGCCGCCAUGGCCGUGCUCAAGCAUCUCAUCGUCGCCUCGCCCGAGAACAUCUCCUCCCUCGUCCGGCAAGUGGAUCUGGGGCGGGCGACGAGCCGCGGAGAGCCGCCGGCGGGGGUCAAUAUGCGAUUCGUGGGCGACCACUUCUGUACGGGCAUCAAGUUGGGAAAGGGCAUGUUCGGCACGGUGUUUCUGGGCUAUCAUGUGAAGAGCGCUCGGCGAGUCGCCAUCAAGGUAUUCGAUUGGGAGACGCUCACCAAGGCCGGGAAGCGACCAGAACGCAAGGCCGAGAAGCAGCUCCGACGCGAAAUCGAGUUGAUGCGGGAGGCGCACCACCCGAACAUCGUGCAGCUGCUGGACGUGGUGCUGACGCACCCGGAGUCGACCGAGUGGCUGCGCCCGCGGUCGUGGGCGGAACUGAUCAGCCUCAUCAAGACCCACGCGCACAGCAUCCACCUCAUCCUCGAGUACGUGCCGGGCGGCGACAUGCGCGACUACCUCCGCAAGAAGGGCCGCCUGUCCGAAAAGGAGGCCCGCUACUGGCUCCGCCAACUCGCUUCGGGGAUGAAGUUCAUGAAGGACAAGGGCAUUUUGCAUCGAGAUCUCAAGCCGGACAAUCUGCUGUUGACGGCGCAGGACGAGAACGGAGUGCUGAAGGUGGCCGACUUUGGGCUGGGCCGAUUCCUGCACGCGGGCGAGGUGGCCGAGACCGGCGGCGUCGGCACUCCGCUCUACAUGGCCCCCGAAAUCCUGCAGUGGCAGCCGCACACGGCGAAGGCGGACCUGUGGAGCGUGGGCGUGCUGGUGUACAAGAUGCUGACCGACGACUUCCCCUUCCCCGCCUCCAAUCCGCGACAACUGUUGGACCGAAUCCUGACCGAGUCGCUCUGCUUCCCGGCCGACCUCGAGCUCUCCGACGAAAUGAAGGACCUCCUCUCCGGCCUCCUCCAACGCGAUGAGUCGUUGCGGAUAUCGUGGAACGAGUUCUUCAUGCACCCGUGCGUGAAUCUGAUGAACGAGGUGUGGGGCAGCGACGCGGGCCAGCAGUCGUCGCUCUCCGCCUCCUACUCCGAACUGCUCCGCGAGCUCGAGGUCCGCGAACGCGAAGUCGACCACCUCCGAAUGUCGCUGUCGGCAGCGGAGAAGACGUACAACGAGCUGCUGAACCAACUGCGGGAGAAGGACGCGGUCAUCGACACCCUGCGGCGCAACGAGUUUUCGUACCAGGAAGAAAUCGAACGACUCCGCGAGACCCUCAGCAAGGAGGCCGAGUCGAUGGAGCUCCUGCUGCGCGACAAGGAGGCCGCCCUCCAGCAGACCACCGCCAAAGACCGCGAACGGAAAAAGGAGGUGCAUCGGCUGAAGAAGAAGCUGCGGCAGCGGGAGGCCUUGGACGGCGACCGCAUGUCUUCGCUGCUGGUCCAGGGCGCCAAGGCCGACUCGCCCGUCAGCUCGCCGCCCACGCCGCUCAGCAGCGGUGGCGGCUUGUCCGCCGCCGGCGCCGGCGCCUCGUCGUCUUCAUCGUCGUCGGCGUCGUCGCCACUCUCGCUGUCGUCGCCUUCGCCAUCAUCGUCGUCGUCGGCCAAGAAGACGGAGAAGGAGCUGCACGCGCUCAAGGAGAACCUCAAGAAGAAGGAGAAGGAGGAGCGCCGAUCCUUCGACAAGAUCAACAAGCUCAAGAAGGAACGCGACGAAUUCGCCGCCGAACGCGCCGCCCUCCAGGUGGAGUGCGAGCGAUUGGCGGGACAGUUAGAGGUGUCGGGCGGGUCGCGAACAUCGCCGCACGUCGUCGGCACCACCAUCGCCCCGCCCUCCAAUCGAUCCCGCAAGACCUCCAAAUAA